AUUCACUUUGUCUUCUCGUCACACACGCUUUAAUCCUUGGAUUCGUUACAGAAUGAAAGUCGCCGCUAUCCUCUUCUCUGCUGUCAGCGUUCUCGCUGCUUCCGCUGCCGUUUUGGACUUCAAGAACCCAGAUGCCGCCCUCGGUGAACUAGUUCAUGGUGACCACCAUAAUCUUAAGGCCGUUGUCUUCGAGGCUGCUGCUGGUGCCGAUGUCGAGGGUUUCAACUGCGCUGGCCACUUCACCUGGACUGCUCCAGCUGGCAAGAAGGUUGCCAAGGUUAAUGCCGUUUCUCAGUGCAAGAAAGAUGGUCUCGCCGUUGUCCACGUUGCCUUGGUUGAUGGAGAGGAUGUCUUUUUGGGCUUCAAUGGUAAGGUUCACGAGGUCCUCACCCAUGAGGCUUUCGUUGCCAAGCUUAAGGCUGCUGGCUGCCCACAUGCCCAUGAGUUGCCAGAUGACAACUUGUUCAACAAGCUCAAGGAGUCCUUGAAGGCUGCUGCUCAUCAAAGUUCUUCCUAGAUCUGGGAAUGGUCAAUUUUUCGGUUGAUUGCCGUUGAUCUUAUAACUAACCUCUGCUGUAAUACUUACAGUCUGAUUGUUGACCACUUCACA